CGACAGAGCCAGAUCCAGGCUCAGAGGUUGCUGGGGGCCGGGAAACAGCAGAGAGCCCGAGCGUCUCUGCUCCAGGGACCCGUGGGGAGCUGAGACCCCCAGGACAUGGACCGAGUGACCAGAUACCCCAUUUUCAGCAUCCCUCACUCGCCUCGCCUGGCUGGACUGGACCCCGAUGGGGACACCAGCUACACGUUUGAGGUGAUGGAUGUGGGGCCGGCGGCCGGCGGCUGGGGCCAGGACAAGCCACAGGCGUGGUCCGCCGACCGAGAGGCCCGGCUGAAUGCGUUCAGGACUGGGGCGUCCUAUAGCCCACGCGCGUUCCCGGGCCGCUCAUCCCCAUGGACGCUCUGCCGGGAGGGCGACAGGGAUGAGGAGGCGAAGGCCAGCCGCCUGGACACCUGGGACACCCAGCCUCGGUGGCCGCGGGACCUGAAACAGGAACGCCAGGCGGUCAUCCAGGGCCAGGCCCUCAGGAAGAGCGGCACAGUGGCCACGCUCCGUGGCACCCCUGGCCACCCGGACCCCAGGAGCCCCAGCCAACCUCCGUCUGGGCCCCUGGAGGACAACGUGGUGGACCGGGAGCAGAUCGACUUCCUGACAGCGAGGCAGCAGUUCCUGAGCCUGGAGCAGGCCAAUGCGGGCGGCCCUCUGCACCCUCUGCCUCGGGGGGGCCCUGCCCGUGCCCCCCCAGGGGUCAGUCAGGCCCCCAGGGCCUCAGGUGGGCUGCUCCUGGCCAACGGGUGUGCUGUCCCACUGAAGCCCUGGGAGAAGGAGGUGCUCCUGCAAGAGAAGAGGGUCUGUGGCCUUCCAGCUGCAUCUGGCGUCCAGGCUGCAGAGGACCCUGGCUCCCAGUCCCGAGUGGGGUCCCCGGAGCUCCCCAAGGAGACGCCCAUCGAGCGGGAGAUCCGGCUGGCCCAGGAGCGGGAAGCCGCCCUGCGGGAGCAGAGGGGGCUGCGGCGGGCGAGUGGUCAGCAGGAGCUGGUGGAGAUAGCCACCAGGCCACUGCUGACCAAGGUGAGCCUGGUGUCCACCCCGCGGCGGGACCGAGGGCGCCCGUCACUCUACGUGCAGCGGGACUUGGAGCAGGGGACGCGGCGGGAGGAGGACCACCGGCGGGAGGGCCUGCAGGCCGCCCCCGACGGGCUGUCCCCGGGGCCCCAGUCUGGGCUCAGGAGGGCCCUCAGCUCUGACUCCAUCCUGGACCUGGCCUCAGACGCCGGGGCGGCUGACCCUGCUCCAGAGGUGAGGAAGGUGAACCGCAUCCCGGCGGAUGCCUACCAGCCGUACCUGCGCCCCGGGAACCCCCGGCAGGAGUUCCCAGCCUUCCACGCGCACGGCAAGCCCCGUGGUCUCUCUACGGACGGGGCCAAGGCUGCGGGCUCUCCAAGGGCCGCGGGGUCUCAGAGGCCCCUCUUGGAGUCCUCUGGAAAACCCGCGGGCACGAAGCCUGAGUACUCAAGGCCCCCCCAGGGGCGCCCACAAGCCCACGGAGGUGUCAUUCGAUGGGAGUAUUUCCACCUGAGUCCCCUGCGGUUCCGGGUCCCAGAUGUGCCCCCGCAGGCUGAGGGCCCCCGCGUCCGAGGCUGGGAGGUGGGGGGGACCCCGGGAUCGAGGCCGCAAAGGUCCCAGCCGUCGGAGCUGCUGGAGCGGGAGGUGGCCGAGGAGCGGCGGAACGCGCUGCUCCAGGAGGUUUUCUCCCCGCCACCUGAGGAGAACGGCGGCGAGCGGGGCUCCAGGGGCUCCUCCGCGGCCUCAGGCAUCAUGGGCACCAACUCAGUGUCCGAGUCCUAUUUCUUCAGCCCCAUCCACCUGCACUCACGCCUAGUGUGGACGGCGGAGGCCCCUGCCGAGUCUGCCCCUGGGCAGAGGAAGAAGGAGUCGCGGUACGCCAGCAUCAACUCCUUGGACCACAUCGACUCGGAGGUCCUGGAAGCCACGCGGGUGACCCACCACAAGAAUGCCAUGGCGAGGCGCUGGGAAGCGGGCAUCUACACCAGUGAGAGCCAGGACUGAGCCCGGGAUGGGGCGCCCUCGCCCCCGCCCUCCCCUGUGGGAGCUGCUGAGACUGUCCCCAGACCCCUGCCCCUCGGGACAUAGGUCCCUGUUGAAGUCCACCACCGGACAGCCACAGAUCACAUGGCACUAGUUUCGAGGGUGGACGUGUUUUCAGACGGAGGGUUUUCUUUUCUGUUUUUAUCUUCCUGGAGAAAUUGUUCUGCUUUCUGUGUCUAAAGCUGGGAUGA